UGCUUGGGUGGCGAGAAACGUGGUCCUCUUUCCCAUUACCAAAACAAACUCUCUCUCUCUCUCUGAGCAAACCCUAGAAGACUCUCUCUCUCUCUCUCUCUCUCUCAUACCGGUUCUGCCCAUGGGGACUCCAGAGACCUCGAGGGAGCCCUGCCCCGACCGCAUCCUCGACGACAUCGGCGGCGCCUUCGGCAUGGGCGCUGUGGGCGGCUCCGCCUUCCACUUCAUCAAGGGCGUCUACAACUCCCCCAGCGGCGCCCGCCUCAUCGGCGGCACCCAGGCCGUCCGCAUGAACGCCCCCCGCGUCGGUGGCAGCUUCGCCGUCUGGGGCGGCCUUUUCUCCGCCUUCGACUGCACUAUGGUCUACGUCCGCCAGAAGGAGGACCCCUGGAACUCCAUCAUCGCCGGCGCCGCCACCGGCGGCUUCCUCCAGAUGCGCCAGGGCCUUGCCGCCUCGGCCCGCUCCGCCAUGUUCGGCGGCGUCCUGCUGGCCCUCAUCGAGGGCGCCGGGAUCAUGAUCAACAAGGUCCUCAGCGCGCCUCCCGGCCCUCCAAUCAUCAUUGACGAGCCCGUCCCGGGCAUGGUUGGGCUUCCUGGGCAGUUGCCAGGACAGAUCCCCGGGCAGAUGGCGUCCACAGGUGCUGGAGCGUCUACCUCAGGAUCGGAUUCUGGCUCGUGGUUCGGAGGGAGGUUUGGAGGGAAGAAGCAGGAGACUGCGGCGAGCGGCGGCGGAGCGAAGACUGAGAUUUUGGAGAGUUACGAUACGCCCAUGCCUUCAUUUGAGUACAAGUAAACAUUUUAGGUUCCAUAAAAUUUGAAGCUCGAGUUUUAAAUUAGACGUUGUUAGGAAGGAUGAUCCUAAGACUGGGCUUCCGAGGGCUCUGGUUUGAACGAUGUAUCGAAGGUGAUAUGUGUGGUUUUUAUUUCUAUUUUGCAAUGAAAUUUGGAUGUCAUAGGCAUCACUGUAAUAUAAUGCGAUGGCAAUUUUGUCUGGA